CAACAAGCUGAUGAAAUAUUUGAUUUCAUCUCGGUGCUGUAAUUUAACCAUAGCUUUUUGCAUAAUUUGGAAAUAUUAAACUUAAAUAAAUUUAGUACUUAUUUUAUAGAGCUAUUAACGUAAUGAGUUCAAAUAAAACCUCAAACUUGGUAAAGGUAGACGGAGAGUAACUUAAGAAAGCAAAGACAAAGCCAUAUUGGGGCUAUCUGCUUCAUAGACGACAAAGGGACAUACAUAAGCAGUGGCAAAAAAAACGAAGUUUGGCGUUUUCGGCAGAAGCUUGGUUUUGUACAGAGCACAGGGUACAAGCUGAAGCAAAAUUAACAAAGAGUUGGAGUUGUUUCACAAAAUCAAUUGAGAGUUCAUUUGCCUCAGACGUGUGCGUGAACAGCUUGUUAAUUUAGUUAGCGCUAUUCAAACCCUCAAUUGAAAACACGUUGAGGCAGGAGAAGAACUCGCAACAACCCUGUCUAAGUAGUUUAUUGAACUGAGCACGUUUUUUGAAAAGGACAAGCAUACAAGUACAUAAUUCGAUAAGGAUGAGCGCUUCAGCUACUUUUGUCCCAUUAGUUGGAGGUGGUGGUGGUGCUGCUGCGUUGCCUAACAUGAUGUCCAACCUUGCCGUCGAUGAAGGUGCAACCGCAGUGCCUAGGACCCAAACCAAUAUGGCAGUGAAUGCUGCCAUUUGUCGGUAUUUUCAACGGGGAAUAUGUCGUUUUGGGAGCUUAUGUCGCUUUUCUCACGAUCUAUCUGGAGGUGAAGGCAUCAAUGCUAGCGGCAUUGCAUCUGAAUCCACUACCCCUACCACUUCUUCAAAAACUAAUGGUAAAACUGGAGCAGAAUCCCUGAACAGUCGACCAAGUACAAGUCGACAGAAUUGGGCAAAUGCACCAGUGUUUGUGCCGAAAAACUACAGACCAACUCACAAUUCAGAAACCAAUGCUGAUGACCUGACGAACCAUGGUGCAGCUGCCUUGUGUCCAAUGAACGCAGAUGCUCAAAAAUCUUGGGCCGAUGUGGUCGGUGGUGCUCAUGGGGCAUCACGUAUGAGCAUUGUUGAAGGAGCCGAUGCUGAAGCCAUGCUGGAAAUGGUAUGCCCGUAUGAAGGCCCCUGUCCCUACGGUGCAUAUUGUGCAUAUGGCGUACACAUGGAGCUUUGCAAAAUGUGCGACCAAUUCUGCUUACAUCCCAGCGAUCAAACGCAACGUCGAAAACAUAAUCAAGAAUGUCUACAGCAACAUGAACAAGCUAUGGAAUGGUCGUUCGCUAUUGCCCGUUCUAAGGAUAAAACUUGCGGUAUUUGCUUCGACACCAUAAUGGAGAAAGCUGGGCGCGAGAAACGCUUCGGUAUAUUGCCUAAUUGUAAUCACAUUUUCUGUCUGGAAUGUAUCCGAAAGUGGCGACAAGCAAAGCAGUUUGAACACAAAAUUACACGCUCGUGCCCUGAGUGCCGCGUUUCUUCAGAUUUUGUUUGCCCCAGUGCCUUUUGGGUGGAAACUAAGGAAGAAAAGGAUAAGCUGCUCAAUGAUUAUCGGGUAGCGCUUGGUGUUAAAGACUGUAAAUACUUUAAGAAGGGGGAUGGCAAGUGUCCAUUUGGCAACAAAUGUUUCUACAAACAUGCUCUCCCCAAUGGAGACUUGGUCGAUGUGGGUUUACCCAAACGCGCACGUAAAUUACAUCGUGGUUCAAAUGAUUUCAUUGAUUUACUGGAUAUCUACUUGUGGGAGUUUGUUGAACAACGAGACUACCACUGGUUAGACUUUCUUUCUGGCACAAGCGAUGAUAGUGACGAUACUGAUUUCUCUGAGGAGUAAAAAAAAAAUAAAACGGCAAAUACUGCAAUAUUGCAAAUUUAUUCAAUAAUUACAUGAUCGUGUAUUGAGUGAACUUCGAAAGAAGAACCUAUAUAAAAGAUAUCAAGUGAAAAACCAGAAAAAUUAAUCAAGCAAUGAUAUUCUAUUAGCUGAUGUAAAAUCGUUCUAAAGUAUACCUACAUUAAAUUUUCAAAACAUUACCAAAAAAAAAAACAAAAAAUAACACAGAUAAAAACCAAACCAACUGAAAAAUGGUACCGCAAAGCAAAUGCAAAAACUAAUUAAAAUACAAAAUUAGGAUAGCAGGCAAGGAGGGCUAAAUCUGGCUUAAACUUAAAAAAACUGAAGCGAAUAUAUAGGAAAACAAUGCAACGAACUUUUUUCGAUUAGGAGAGAUAAAGAGUAAAGUAACAAAUAUACAAAUGCUUUCAAACAAUUCGAUAGUACAGUAAAUUAUAUCUAAUAUGAAGUGGGCAUUGCUAAGAAGGGCUACAGAAAUUAAAUAAAAAUUAUGAAAUUGCGUAAUACUAAAACACAAAUGCAUAUGUCGCACGCUCAAUAAUAUAGAGAUGUAACUCAAAAUUUACGUUUUCGGAGAUUUCAUUAUACAAUUUAAAUGCUUGAUAAGCAGAAUAUGUUCAGUCUAACAGAUAACACUUCCCAAAUAUAGUGCAAGUAAUGUGUCUUUCAAUCUGUCUGUUUGUAUACUGACUGUAUGAAUUGAUAAAACUUAGAAAUUUUGUAAUACUUCGUCAUAUUAUUCGACGUGCGAUGUGUGCAUACAUACAUUAAUUCGGUCAUUUGUUCGAUGGCUAAAAAGAAAAUUAUAUGUAUUGUGUGUGUAGAAUGUAUAGAAUGUUAUCGAAAUCAAACAAACGCAAACACUCAACACGCUGAUAGCUCCUCUUUUUACAAAAAGCCACCAUUUAGAAAUGGCACAAAAAAAUGUCGGAUAAGUUACGCAAACCUAUACAUAUACAAAUAAAUUUGAUUGUGAUUUAUACUCGUAUUUGCCGCGCUGACCGCCAUGGCGUCAGUUCCGAUUGUAAUAAUCACAAAGCAAAUAAAAUCGUAUCAAAGCGCCAUGAGCGCGUUUGGGCGUGUGCCUGCCUUAAAUGUCCCCCACCAUCGCACGCAACGGGCGUGCAACGGAAGUAAUUUGAAUAGUGGUACUUUUAAUUUCCUUUAUAAUUAGUAGUACAUUUGUAUCUUUUUUUCAAGUAAUGUUAAUAGAGUGGGUGAAAGAGACAAGUUGCUGAUGGCGCAACAGAAUGUUGUAUAUUCAAGAUAUUGUGUUCAAAAGUUAGUUACCGUUAAAAACCAACUAAAUAUGUUGCCUUAAGAAUGUGCAGAUUCUUACUACUUCCGUGCGCAUUCUUUUUCUCCACCGUUGCGUUACAGCUUGUCUAAUUUAUCCAUAUACAUAAACCCGUAUAUAUUUUCUGUUUUGUUUUAUAUAUGUAUUUGUAUUGAAUU